UGUGGUACCUGAGAAACCCAUGUCUGAUGUGCCGCCCCAAAAGUUAAAAUAUGGUGUGAUGCCCCCAAAACAAAAGCCGGCUCUGGAAUCCCAGAAACCAGAACCACUUAUGGCCCCUGAGGAAUUUGAGCUCAUAGUGGUGUCUGAAGAGUCAGAGACAGUUGAAUCAACCCAAAAAUCAAAGCGUGUUCUGGUGCCCCCUAAAGCAAAGCAUUUUGUGCUGCCCCAAAAAACAGAGUUUGUAGCAGCUGAAGAAACAGACAUUGCUGCAGAUUCCCAGAAAUCAAAGCCUAUUGCAGUGUCCAGAAAAACAAAGCUUUUUGUGCCAGAACCUGUCAUGGUGUCUGAGGAACCAGAAACAGUUUUAGCACCCCAAAAACUAGAGCCUUCUACACCACUUCAAAAACCAAAGCCUGACGUGACAUCCAGAGAACCAGAGUUUGUUUUGGCACCGGAGGAACCACCACCAGCCAAGGUGGCCGAAAAGGAAGAUAAUGUUGCUGCUAAAAAGCGAGCACCUGCACAGCCUAAAGUGCCUGAGAUGGCUGAGAGGACUGUUCCAGAGAAGAAAGUGCCCCCUGCUCUAUCUAAAAAAACAGAAGCUUCACUUCCUAAAGUUCCAAAGGUGCCCAAGAAAGCUGUUCUGGAAGAGCCUACCCCUGUAACUGUGCCAAAAAAGCCAGAGCCAGCAGCAGUUCGAGCACCCGAGGUGCCCAGGAAGGCUACUCGUGAGGAAAAGAUACCUGUGCCCAUUGCCAAAGCACCAGAGCUUCCAGCACCCAGAGUGCCUGAGAUGCCUGAAGCCGAGGUCCUGGAAGAAGAAGAAGAGGUGGAAGCACCAGAAGAGGUGGCAGCAGUUGCUGAGCCUGGAGAGCCAGAAGUCUCUCCAGCUGAAGUGCCUGAGGUGAUUGAGGAGGAAGAGGCAGAAGAGGAGGUGCCAGUGGUCAUUCCCCCAAAGCCUGUGCCUGUGCCCAAGAAACCUGUGGCUGUGCCAAAGACACCAGAACCUCCACAAGUUAAAGUGAUCAAGGUGCCCAAGAAAGCUGUCCCCCAAGAAAAGAUGCCUGUUGCAGUACCCAAACAACCAGAACCACCACCAGCCAAAGUUCCAAAGGUGCCCAAGAAAGCUGUUCUGGAAGAGCCUACCCCUGUAACUGUGCCAAAAAAGCCAGAGCCAGCAGCAGUUCGAGCACCCGAGGUGCCCAGGAAGGCUACUCGUGAGGAAAAGAUACCUGUGCCCAUUGCCAAAGCACCAGAGCUUCCAGCACCCAGAGUGCCUGAGAUGCCUGAAGCCGAGGUCCUGGAAGAAGAAGAAGAGGUGGAAGCACCAGAAGAGGUGGCAGCAGUUGCUGAGCCUGGAGAGCCAGAAGUCUCUCCAGCUGAAGUGCCUGAGGUGAUUGAGGAGGAAGAGGCAGAAGAGGAGGUGCCAGUGGUCAUUCCCCCAAAGCCUGUGCCUGUGCCCAAGAAACCUGUGGCUGUGCCAAAGACACCAGAACCUCCACAAGUUAAAGUGAUCAAGGUGCCCAAGAAAGCUGUCCCCCAAGAAAAGAUGCCUGUUGCAGUACCCAAACAACCAGAACCACCACCAGCCAAAGUUCCAAAGGUGCCCAAGAAAGCUGUUCUGGAAGAGCCUACCCCUGUAACUGUGCCAAAAAAGCCAGAGCCAGCAGCAGUUCGAGCACCCGAGGUGCCCAGGAAGGCUACUCGUGAGGAAAAGAUACCUGUGCCCAUUGCCAAAGCACCAGAGCUUCCAGCACCCAGAGUGCCUGAGAUGCCUGAAGCCGAGGUCCUGGAAGAAGAAGAAGAGGUGGAAGCACCAGAAGAGGUGGCAGCAGUUGCUGAGCCUGGAGAGCCAGAAGUCUCUCCAGCUGAAGUGCCUGAGGUGAUUGAGGAGGAAGAGGCAGAAGAGGAGGUGCCAGUGGUCAUUCCCCCAAAGCCUGUGCCUGUGCCCAAGAAACCUGUGGCUGUGCCAAAGAAACCUGUGGCUGUACCCAAGAAACCAGAGCCUGUUGCUGUGCCAAAAGUACCAGAACCUGUUCCUGUUCUUAGAAAACAUACAGUUCCUUCAGUUAAAGGUACAUACAUCAGUGACUGAGCAUCUCCUUCUCUCUAUUUUCUGAAU